ACCCUAAAUCGAACGACCGCUCAAAACCCUGCGGGCGUUACCACAAGCAUCAAUGGCGAAUCGACGGUGUGUUCACACCCUAACGCGCAUACUUCAAUCGGUAAGGACAAUAGCUCCUUUGUCCCAGGGUCUGAACCCUGCCUUCGCGCAAGGCCAAAUCUCGGCGUCGAGACAGAGGUUUUGUGUUUUGCGGAACAAUGCUGAUGUUUAUCCCCAAUGUGGUGUAUUCUCGCGGCACUUUUGUUCAAGGCACAGCGAUAGUGAAAAUGAUGAUGAUGGUGAAGAUGAAGAGAGCGAAGGAGAGGAAAUUGACGGGCAAGACGAGGACGUCGUUUUGUCGCCCGAGGAUAAAGUAAAAGAAGCUGCUGAAAUCGGGUACAGAGUCGUUGGUCUGCUUCAGGAAUCAGACCGAGUUGUCAAACCUUACGAGCCUGUAUUCGCAGUUGUUCAGAUUGGAUCGCAUCAAUUCAAGGUGAGCAAUGGCGAUUCAAUUUUCGUCGAGAGGUUGAAGCACUGUGAUAUCAAUGACAAGCUGGUUCUUAAUAAGGUUCUUAUGCUAGGUUCACAGACACAGACAAUGAUAGGUCGUCCAAUUUUGCCUGAUGCAGCUGUUCAUGCUAUUGUUGAGGAGCAUGCAUUAGAUGCAAAAGUGAUCAUAUUCAAGAAGAAGAGAAGAAAGAACUAUAGAAGAAAAAAGGGUCAUCGACAGGAAUUAACCAAGUUGCGGAUAACAGACAUAGAAGGGAUUGAGAAGCCAAAAAGGACUACAGUCUCAAAGACGACUAAGAAAGAUAAGCCCGACAAAAAGAUGGCUGUUGAAUCGUAACAAAAAAUUCACGGUAUCCAAAAUUCGACAUCUCUUGUGUUCAAAUUCUCCAGGCUCCCUCCCACUGCAUUGCAUAAACAAAGGCAAUGCACCUUGGAUACAAUUUGAAGGAUUUUCGACCCAUUUUGUUACAAGGUUACAAUUAGCAGUGGAGGUGAUUUGAAUUCUCUGCAAUAAAAUCAUUUUUUCCCUGAAAAACUGCACACAUAUUUAUAUACAUAUAUGUACUUAGAGCUCAAAGCUGUCUUAGAUUUCUGGUUCAUUUUAUAUUUCAUGUAGGAGGAACAGAUUUAUGCAGCCCAGUUUUGGCAUGUCCAAAGUAUUCGUAUUUGCUGUCAGAAAUUUGUUUUGAGAUUGUAGUUGUGUAGAAUUUGGUUCGGAUUUUG